AUAUAUAUAUAUAUAUAUAUAUAUAUGCUAUAUCUACUUCCUUGAUCUCACUUUUUCUGAAUUAUUAUAGUUACAUGUAUAUGUUGGGAGGGGGGUCUGGCAUCUUCUGAUUGCAAACUUGAGUCGUAAAAGAUGCUGACUUUUACAGUCAGUUUAAUUUGUAAUAUAUUAGUGUGAUUAGAGCAGAUUAUUUUUUUAUGAUUUGGCUUCCAAUUUUUACUUUCAGAAUUUUUAGAUUAAAUUCUAUGGUUUGUAAAUAGAUAUUUGGUUUUUAAAAUGGAUGUAUUAUAUUUAUCAAGAUCCAUAUGUGCAUUGUGUACAACUGCAACAUAUUCAUGAGGAAAUGGCAUUCAAUAAUACAAUUUUUGAUAUCAGAUAUAUUAGGCAAAAACAAUGAAAUUGUAAUUGAUAUAUAUUGCAAGUAGUGUGUAUGACUGACUGAUUGGACGUGCAUGUAUUGAUGAAGUUUGAUAUAUUAUCCAUAUAAAAAUUGUGUAGGUUAUUGUACUAAGACAUUAUCUUUAAGUAGUUUAUUAUAGGCAUUAACUUUUAGUAGUUUUAGACAGAAAUUUGGCUAUUUUUCUGCAUUUGUUUAAUUUCCACAUGUAAUUUCCUUUUUGUACAGAGUAAGGAAUCGGUUAUGUUUUACACUAUUGUUUUCUUCUCGUUUAGAAAAGAACAGCCACAUCAUUGCAAUCUACAGGUUUAAGGAAAUCUCCUAGAAAACCUGCCAAAGACAGGCUCUAUGAAACCCUGCAGCUUUCUUGAUGUGAGUCUGGAGAUGAAGAUGAACCCCAACAUGAUCCUCCAGCACAAAAGAAAAAGAAAAGUAUUGAGUGUACAACAGCAGUCCGAAGGUCUCCAAGAAAAGAUUUGAAGGACAAGAGUGCAUCAUGGAGUGCAGUGAAGGACUCUUAUUUAAAUGGUCAACAGACGGAUUUGAAAUGGAACUACGGUACAGCAAAAGAUUCAUGGAUGAAGAAAAUGUACCACUGACAGUAUUUAUGAGGAACAGUGUACAAGGGAUUGCGCCAGAUAAAAGAAUUGACGUCAUAGAUGCUGCCAUUAAAAGAUAUUUUACAUCCAAAAAGGAGGCCAACAAUAGGCACAAUAAGAAUAAAGAAGAGUUAAAUAAAAAGAGGCAAACAACAUAUGAAAGAAAGAAAGAGAAAUUGAAGAGGAGACUUGUUGCGGUAGAGAAGAAGACGGGAUGGUCCGAGGAGAAGAAAAAUAAAGUUAGAACAUUUUUCCAGCUACCAAAUGCUCACAAAUAUAUGAGCAGUGAUGAGGAGGGAGAUGAUGGUUUUGUGUCCCAUCCAUAUUCCUGGGAGAGUGAGGAAUUACAGAAAGUUAAAGGAAGUCUGGACAAAAAAUAUUUAGAGACAUGUCCUCCACGUAGCAAGAGGUUAUUGUCCAAAAAAGUAGCGGGUCUCUAAGGAAAGAAGAGCCUCCUAAAUUGAACAUUAUUCAUGCAUGGACUUUAAACAUGUGAAUUGCAUGUUAAAAUAUGUUCUUAACAUGUAAUAUUUUUUUUAUUUUUUGACUAUGUGAUGCAUAUGCAAUUUCUUUUUUGUAACACCACUUUUUCAUUUGUACACAUAUUUAGUCUUUGAAUCUGAAGUGCCACAAAGAUCUGUAUUGGGACCAUUGUUGUUUAUAUAUAUAUGUGUUAAUGAUAUUGCAGAUAUACAGAUUAUUUGCGGAUGAAAGUUCUCUGCAGCAGUCAUUCAAAUCUGUUAAAUUUUUAGAAGACAAUUUCAAUUAUGAUCUUUAGGUUCAGAAAAUGACCUUUGUAGUUCAAUUCUUUUAAAACAAAAUUUGAUACCAUUGAUACAAUAAGAAUUGUUCAAAUUAAGCAUAUAUUUACACAAAAUUCAAGAUAAUGCAUUCUAUCAUAAAAUAUAUCAAAAAUAUUUUGUUAUGCAUCCCAGCAUGUUUGAAAUAUCGAUGAUUUAUUGUGUACAAUUUGUUUUAUAUUGUUAUACAUGUCCAUGUAUAUUAACCACCGUUAUUGUGGUAUAUAAUCAUACAUUUGUGAAAAAUAGAAAUUAAUAAAUUGACUAUUGAUAUUUGAA